AGUAAAAGGCUACGUUUGUCUCUUUCUCGCUGAAACAAGAAAGCGAAGUAAACAUUCAGAUUCGAGCAGUUCACUGCUCGACUGCAUUGUGAUUGGUCUGUUUGACAAGCCGGCUCGCUGUGCGGACAUCGCGGUCCUUUCGACAGCACUUGAAUGAAUCGCCUGUCGUCAGCAGCAGUGUUGUCCUCAUCGGCUUACCGCCUUCGUAGUUUGGAACGUUCGUACGCCAGAAUCACCAUGUCCGGUAAAUCGAAAGGAGCGAAGGGUGGAAAAAAGGAAACGCCGGCAGCAGCUUCUGCGGUUCCACAGGGUCCCGUGUAUGUUGAUCCAAAGUCGGGAAAUGUUCUCAUAAAGAUCCAAGCCAAACCGGGAGCGAAGACCAACGGAAUAACGGAUAUCGGAGAGGAAGGUGUAGGUGUUCAAAUCGCUGCUCCCCCCGUCGAUGGCGAAGCCAACACCGAACUAGUGAAAUACCUCUCGAAACUACUGGAACUGCGAAAAAGUGACGUUUCCCUGGAUCGAGGAUCCAAAUCCCGCCAGAAGACGAUCGUCCUAGAAAAGGGUUGCCGAACUCCGGAACAGGUAUUGGACGUAUUUCGGAAGGAAGCACAAAACUCGUGAUCAUUGUGGUAUGUUUGUAGCUAUAGCAUAUAUUAAUUUACCCCUUUCACUAUUGUUUUACGUCUGUAUGUGUUGUGUAUAUUUAUACUCUUUUUUCCUCUCGCAUGAGAGGUAAAAUAAUUAUAAUAGAUAUAAUACGACUUUACUUGAAUUGGAAAUAAAAAUAAAAACAUA